UCUGGUUGUUGCAGAGUCACUGUAAACAAGGAGAGAGAAGGAGUCGCCAUUAGAGCUGUUAACGGCUCUUCUGUUUACAUCUAAAGCUGUUAUUGUUGAAAUUCAGUCAUUCCGGGAUACGAGUCCAGACAUCCAUCCGAAGGCUUUUCAUAAAAGGCACAGUUCGUGUUUUCGCUGUUAGCAUUCUUAGCCGUUAGCUUGCGUUAGCUGCAGCUAGCCUUGCUGGGCUAACAUCCAGAGAGGCCUGUUGUUGUUGUUAUUGUUGUUGACGGGGUGAACACCUUUCAUGCCCCCUACCUCUCUCUUGACUGCGACCAAGAUAUCCUGAACCCUGGGUGGCUGGUCAGAGCGCCCUCCUCCCAGCAUGGAGGCAGGAGGGAAGGACUGUGAGGACGAGACGCUGCAGACGGCCUUCAAGAAGCUGAGGGUGGACGCUGAGAGUGUACCCGGAGCAGUGAGUGUGUGCGAGGCUCCCAGAGCAUCUCGACCCUCUCUGGACCCGAGCGGAGCGAAACCCAAACUCAGCUGCCCCAAGGACAACUGGCACGGCUGCAUGAGGAAGUCUUCCAGAGGAGCCUCCAGAACGCAGCGCCGCCGAAGGUCCAAAUCCCCGAUCCUCCACCCGCCCAAGUUCACGUACUGCAGCGCGGCGGCGGCGGCGGCAGUAUCGCCCCCUAGUGGCUGCCUGAAGCAACAACGCCUCGCUGUGCCCGAUCCCUCGGAGCCUCGUCCUCCAGGAGAGGGGAUCACAGCCUCCUCUGCUGCCCAGAAAGAGCUCUCAUCGUCGGGCUCUCCUAACCCCAUCUCCCCUCUGGUGUUUGGCUCGUGUGCCGGGUUUGAGGCGCAGGAAACGUCCGGGGAGUCGAGCGAGGAGGAGAAAAGCGCCAGCGAAGGAGCGAGGGUUUCUGGAUCUGCGGAUUUCCGGGUUUUAUCUGAGCGCCUGGCAGAAGUUCCCUGCUCCUGCGUUUGGAAGGAAAGCGGGAACGCUGCUGCCGAGUCUCCGUGUCGGUGUCGGGAUCCGUCUCAAACCUGGCAGGGAGUCGAGGUUUAUUCCUUCACGGGGCUCCGAAACGCCACGUCUGAGUGCGAAAGAACUAUCGUUAGCGGCGGCGGCGCGGCGUCUUCUUCCUCGUCUGGAUCCGCGCGGUCGUGUUCGGAGCAGGCGAGAGUUUACGUGGACGACAUCACGAUAGAGGACCUUUCCGGAUACAUGGAGUAUUAUCUGUACAUCCCCAAGAAGAUGUCUCACAUGGCGGAGAUGAUGUACACUUGAAAAAAUAAAUACUAUUAUUGUAUCAGAAGGAAAAGUAAAGUAAAGGAGGUCUUUGUGUCGACAGCCUCAGGACAGGAAUGAUCUGAACUUCCCUUUGUUUAUGUUCAAAUGUCUUGAUUUAAUCUUUAAAAAGUCUGACAAAUGCUAAAAGAAGUAGCAUUUUGUGAUUCUUUAUAAUUAUAAUAUAAGAACCAAGAGGAUGUCUCACAUGGCGGAGAUGAUGUACACUUAAAAAAAUAAAUGCUAUUAUAAUAUCUUAAGGAAA